GCAGAACCCCCUCGGGUUGCGGUUUGGGCUGCUGCGGCUACACCUCUGCCCUCCUUCCCCUCCUCCCUCCCUAGGGUUCCUUGUCCUCCGAGGACCUCCUUGGAGACUUGGAACCCCAAUCCCUGACCCCUCCUUUAGCCCCUGUGCCAGUUGUCUGGCUCCCCAAAAGAAUUCUCCCCACUUCUAGCGCAUCCUCACUUGUCUCCCCAUCCCCGGAACCCGCUUCCACCAGCCUAACUCCUGGGCCACUCCUGUUCUCACUCUGCCCUCCAUGUUCCCCUCCCCGGGUCUGCUCCAGCCACCACUCCGUCUCCGGUCCGCCUGGCCUCACCUCGUCCCCCAGUCUUCGCAGAACACUGAAUCUAGAGGACCUUCGCCUCCUUUGGUGUCCAUCGCUUGCACUGAGCAAAACCUCCGCAGCAGGAGCAGUGAGGACCGUCUGUGUGGACCCCGACCUGUCCCUGGGGGCGGGAAUGGCAGUGGAGUGACCAGCAGUCACGGGAAUCCUUCUGGGGGAGGGGGACCUGGCCCCAAGGCCCGGGCUGUGCCAGUUGCACGACCCCUGGGUCCUGCAGCUGUGACCCUCUCUGGGCCCCUACGAGAGAGCACCGGCCGCGGCACCAGCAUGAAGUACAGGAAUUUGGGCAAGUCUGGUCUUCGAGUAUCCUGUCUUGGCCUUGGUACCUGGGUCACAUUUGGGUCUCAGAUCACAGAUGAGACCGCAGAGAAUCUGAUGACUGUGGCAUAUGAGCAUGGAGUAAAUCUGUUUGACACAGCUGAAGUGUAUGCAGCAGGAAAGGCAGAACGAACACUGGGCAAUAUCCUUAAGAGCAAGGGUUGGAGGAGAUCCAGCUAUAUCAUCACUACCAAAAUCUUUUGGGGAGGACAGGCAGAGACUGAAAGAGGCUUGAGCCGAAAACACAUCAUUGAGGGCUUGUGGGGCUCCUUGGAACGGCUUCAACUGGGAUAUGUAGACAUAGUCUUCGCCAAUCGCUCGGACCCCAACAGUCCCAUGGAGGAGAUUGUCCGGGCCAUGACCUUUGUAAUUAACCAGGGACUAGCACUGUACUGGGGGACAUCCCGAUGGGGAGCUGCAGAAAUCAUGGAGGCCUACUCAGUGGCCCGACAAUUCAACCUGAUUCCCCCCGCAUGUGAACAAGCCGAGUACCACCUGUUUCAGAGGGAUAAGGUGGAGACACAGCUGCCUGAGCUCUACCACAAGAUAGGUGUUGGUUCAGUGACCUGGUCCCCUUUGGCCUGUGGCGUCAUUACUACCCAGCACGAAGGAAGAAUCCCAGAAACUUACAGGGGGACCAUCAAGGGCUACCAGUGGCUCAAGGACAAGGUACAGAGUGAAGACGGCAAGAAGCAACAGGCCAAGGUCAUGGACCUGCUCCCCAUUGCUCACCAACUAGGUUGCACAGUGGCUCAGCUUUCUAUUGCCUGGUGUCUCCGCAGCGAGGCUGUCAGCUCCGUCCUGCUAGAGGUGUCCAACACGGAACAGCUGAUGGAAAACCUGGGAGCGCUGCAGGUGCUGAGCCAGCUGACGCCCCAGAAGGUGCUGGAGAUCAACGGUCUCCUGGGAAACAAACCCCACUCCAAAAAGUAGUGUCCCUCACGCCAGGCGCAGGCGCCGCCCCCUUCACAGCCAGCACCGCGCUCUUCCCCACCCCGCUGCCGCAGCAGCGCCAGCAGCAGCAGCAGCACAACCAGCCUCCUCCGGCUCUCCCAGAAGCCAAGCGGCCCUAACGCGAACUAACGCUUCCCAGGCUCCGGCGGGAGGCCCCCGAUGAUCCCGCCCACCAAGGAGUCCCGGCUACACGCAUGAUCUUAUAAGCCAUAUCCUGCCGCAGCAUGGCUGGGGAAGGAAAGUAGUUCUCCAACUCCCUACCCUCCUGCCCAGUCCUUGGCUGUCUCUUCCCGGCGUAUAGCUUCCCCCGGGCAUGAGCUGGAACUGGGGGGCUGUCUCUCUUUUCCGCCCCGCACUUUGCCUCCUUUGUUCUCCUGCCCUCCCACCCCCCCAAUGCGCGGAGGUCUCGAGAGAAUCCAUCUGUCAGGUAAUGAAAAGACUGCGUGACGUUUUCCGAGACCGGAAGAACUAACCAGUGGGGCAAAAGGCAGCAUAAACAAGAACCGAUUCCAGGGGAGACUGGGGCGGAGGAGUGGACUUGAAUCCUUGAUGCGUUGGUCGAAGCGAGCGCUGACAGUCACUUGAUUUGUCCAGAGAGCCCACGCUGGAAUCGAGUGGUGACAUCACUUUGGAACGUCAUUAGAGAUGUUCACAGGAUGUCGUCAGAGGGCACCGAGAAAACCCCAACACCCCACUGAGCGUCCACUAUGUUAGGGACGCCAAGGGCUCCCUUUACUCAGGUGUGAAGUUAUGCAGCGCAUAACUAAGACCUUGGUCGCCGGGGGGGGGGGCGGCGCGGGGGCGGUAGUCAGGCCCCCACAGACUUUACGGGUGGAUUUGAAUAGGAUGCCAUGUUCAGCAGCUGGCAGGGAAGUGGACGGUGAUGUUAUGUGGGACACAAGGGUGGAAGCUGACAUCCUUUGGCAUGGAUAAACAUGGCAUCCUUUAAUUCCCAGGCUGAGGAGUGGGAUCCUCACAGAAUGGCCCCUGAGUGAUGGGUUUUCAGAAAAGGAAAGUGCUGCUGGGGUAGCAGCAGAGGAAAGCCCACUCUCUACCCCCGGCAGUAAUCCUAAAGCAAUAAUAAUGGGCCUUCCCAGGGAAAAUAAAAGACUUAGCUUCUUCCUCACAGAGUCUUUGAGGGGAAGGGGUAAAGUCCCAGUACUCAGACACCUCAACCUGAUAUCCCUAGGUUGUCUUUUCCAAUCUUUCUGGGGGCCCUGAUGUGCCAUAACAUCUCCUGGUUUUCCCUACCAUUGAAACUUGUCUCAGGGACCCCUGCAGCCAGUUUCUAUGAAAGGCCCAGGCUGACUGACACACCAGCUCUGGAUCCUUCCCCACUCCCUUGUCCCUGCAUUCCUCAGGGAGUCAGACAACUGGUUCCAUAGGAUCACACUAUUCAGAGAUGGAAGGGAUCAUCUUCACUGUUCAAUCUUUUCACCCCUUUAGUUACUUUUUGGACAUAGCUACAUUUAGGGUACCUAAUAAUAUCCAAAGGACUUCUCUUCCAUCUUUUGUCCACUCCCCAAUGCCACUGAUCAUAAGAUCAUAACUAAUGCUGGAAAGGACCUCAGAGACAAUCCCUGAGUUCCAUCAUUUUAUGAGUAAUCCGUCCCAGGGAGGCUAAUUGAUUGGGCCAAGGUAACAGCUAGUAAGUCUGAAGUGAUAGUUGAACUUAGGUCCUCUCCAGAUUCAGUGCUCUUUCCACUGUACCACGCUCUUCUGUACCUCAAUUUCUGGCUCCCGUGUUUUCUUCCCCCUAUUCUACUUCUUUUAUUGUUCUUUUUCUGCCUCCUCUCCUGAUAAUAAUUGAUAUUUAUGUAAUGCUUUAA